AUGGCGACACCAUCAGCUGCUCUCUUGGAUCGUCUUGAAAAACAGGGCAUUCCAAAAUCGAAAAGAAAACUACAAAAGCACCUCAGAAGCGCCGGAUUGGCCUACAUAUCACGUACAGGAAAAUUAAUACCGGCAAAGAAAGUGGCAGAGGAGCUAUGCCAGUGCCCCCAAAAAUGUGAUGAAAGAGUGCCUAUGGAGUCUCGCGAGCGGCUGUUCUCGUUUUUCUACGGUCUGGGCGAAGCCGACUUGCAGAACCAAUUCCUGCGUCAGAACAUGGACCUUCGAGCGCGUCUCAACAUCCCGGAAACGACAGGCAGUGGCCGGCCCCCUCGCAGGAUAACAUGUAAAUAUCUGGUGCCUCUCCUGCCGAGUUUGGAAACGGUGGAAGUGUGUCAGAAGGCGUUCGUGAGCGCUUUCGUGAUAACGACGAAACGAGUCCGGUUACAAAGAGAGAAGCUGAUUUCGAGUUUGGGUUUAAACAGUUACAGCAGUCAUAACAGGAGUACGAAGCCGGCGGUGGCGGCCGGGGCCGCCUCCCCACCGACCGAAAACCCGAAAAAGUCGCCCAAGUUUCCAUCGGCGUGCGAUUUUACGUCUAGUUCUGAACCAAAGACAACACCCGAGAUGCCUCCAGUUGAUAAGCCGUCGGUCAAGCGGCUUGUCGAUAACCCCCUUAUCCCAUUAGGGCUUUUGUUGCCCGACGGUGUGACUAUUGCACCGGUCACGGCCAGCCCGGACCACGACAGAGACAUUGCAAUUGUUAACAACUUUUUCUCUAACCAAUUGUGGAAACCGGAAUAUAUAGGUACUUAUUCAUGAGGGCGACGACGUCCUCGUUUUAUGCCCACCGUACUUAGUUUAAUUACAAAAUGAUCAAUUUUUACCUAUUUGAGAAAAUACCUAUACGUAUUGUUAUUUAUAUUUAUACUGCAUAGUUUAUUAUAUUGACGAAAAAAACAUAUAUUAAUUGUUUUCAAUAAAAACUGUUUUUUA